GUACCGCCUUUUAAAGAUUUGUUGGGCAUUAUCAAAUAGUCAUUGGGCAUUAUCUACAGCUCCCAUUUGAAGGCUACAACUUGAGUACAUUUCAGUAGUCAGCAGACUGAGCUAGAAGUUGGAUACCUUGUUGUUAAUUGCUCGGUGAACAUUUGUAACGCCUGGAGGAAAGUGUAUUCUGGAUAAAGCAAGGCGUCUUUAUUGGGACAGCUGUCAUUUUAAAGUUCGUUUCAAUUCACACACAGAUAACCCGCUGAGAUGGCAGUUGUCAUAGUCUAACUAAGCCUGUGAGGGCUGGGGCCGGAGUGAGGGACUGCCCAGACAGUCUCCAAAACGGAAGAUGUGUGAAACGGAGGAUGAGAGGAGUGCUCAGGCCAGGCAGCUCUUUGAGAACUUUGUCCAGGCGUCCACAUGUAAGGGCACUAUGCAGGCGUUUAGUAUCUUAUGCGGGCAGAUGGAUCUGGAUCCGCUGGACUACAGGAACUUCUACAGCAACCUCAAAGCCACGGUCACCAACUGGAAGGCCAAGGCCCUCUGGACCAAACUGGACAAGAGAGCCGGCCACAAGGAGUACAAGAAAGCCCAAGCCUGUGAGGGCACAAGGUGUCUGAUCAUCGGAGGGGGCCCCUGUGGUCUGCGUACAGCCAUUGAGCUGGCUCUGCUAGGGGCCAAGGUGGUGGUGAUAGAGAAGAGGGACACCUUCUCCAGGAACAACGUGCUGCAUCUGUGGCCCUACACCAUCCAUGACCUUAGGGGCCUCGGGGCCAAAAAGUUCUACGGCAAAUUCUGUGCUGGAGCCAUAGACCACAUCAGUAUUCGCCAGCUCCAGCUCAUGCUACUGAAGGUCUCCCUCAUUGUGGGGGUGGAGGUCCAUGUCAACGUGGAGUUUGUCAAACUGUUGGAGCCACCGGAGAAUGAAGGGCCUGGAUGGAGAGCAGAGAUCAGACCAGAAAACCACCCCCUCGUUGACUUUGACUUUGACGUGGUGAUUGGCGCAGAUGGACGCAGAAACACGCUAGACGGUUUCAGGAGGAAAGAGUUCCGGGGCAAGCUGGCCAUAGCCAUCACAGCCAACUUCGUUAACCGGAAUACCACAGCCGAGGCCAAGGUGGAGGAGAUCAGCGGCGUGGCCUUCAUCUUCAACCAGAAGUUCUUCCUGGAGCUCAAAGACGAAACCGGGAUUGAUCUGGAGAACAUUGUGUACUACAGAGACAACACGCACUACUUUGUGAUGACCGCAAAGAAGCAGAGUCUGCUGGACAAGGGAGUCAUCAUUCAUGAUCACGUUGAAACAGAGAAGCUGCUGGGCAGAGACAACGUCAACCAGGAGGCUCUUCUCUCAUACGCCCGUGAGGCGGCCGACUUUGGCACCAACUACCAGUUGCCCUCUCUAGACUACGCCAUCAACCACUGCAGCCAGCCCGACGUGGCCAUGUUCGACUUCACCUGCAUGUGCGCCUCGGAGAACGCAGCUCUGGUCAGGGAGAAGUACGGACACCAGCUACUUGUGUCCCUGGUGGGGGACAGUCUACUGGAGCCCUUCUGGCCCAUGGGGACUGGCUGUGCUCGAGGCUUCCUGGCUGCCUUUGACACGGUGUGGAUGGUGAGGGGCUGGGUGCAGGGCAAGACCCCCCUGGAGAUCCUGGCAGAAAGGGAGAGUCUCUACAGGCUAUUACCCCAAACAACGACAGAGAACAUCUCAAAGAACUUUGAGCAGUACACCAUUGACCCGGUAACACGGUACCCAAACCUCAACUCCAGCUGUGUCAAGCCACAUCAGGUGUGUCACCUGUUCAUAGACGGGCAGCCGAACUCCUAUCCUCUGGAAUGCUGUGGACCUACACAUAGAUCUGUCAGUCUCUCCAGACGGGAGUCGGACAUCCGGCCAAGCCGCCUCCUCACCUGGUGUCAGAAGCAGACUCUGGGUUAUAGAGGCGUGGAUGUCACCAACCUCACCUCCUCCUGGAAGAGUGGCCUGGCGCUCUGUGCUCUUAUACACCUCAUCCGACCUGACCUCAUUGACUUUGACUCCCUGAAUGAGGAGGACUCAGCCAAGAACAACCAGCUAGCCUUUGACAUAGCAGAGCGUGAAUUUGGUAUCCAGCCUGUGACCACGGGGAAGGAGAUGGCUCUGGACCAGGACCCAGACAAGCUGAUGAUGGUGCUUUACAUCUCUAAGGUUUACGAGAUGUUCCGCAACUCACCUGCAUCCAUCACUGGUACAAGAGAAACAGAUGAAAACAAUGAGGACUAUUCGUCCGAGUCUGCAAACUCAGUUUACAACUUAAUGAACCAAACACAGCCAAGAAAGAGGAUCCCAAAGGAUGACAAGAGGCUGGAGGAAGAUGACCCAAUGACCAAAAGACGAAGAAAGGGCAACUACUUAGAGUUGUCCUGCCAGAGUGCCCCCCCUGCAGGUGAGGGCGGAGAGCAGAGUAAGGUGCGCUCCAUGGCCACCCAACUGCUGGCCAAGAUUGAGGAGAAUGCGGCGCCUGGCGGUGCCCUGCGCAAUAAGUCUGAUUGUGACUCUGAUUCAAGCCUUCCUUCAUCUCCUUCUCUGGAUAUGAUGGAAAGCCCCCUCCCCCUCCUGCGCCCCAAGUGGCAGGUGCAGGUACAGUCAAAUCACCCAAGCUGACCCAGGAAUGGUCAGCUACUGCAUUAUAAACCCAAUAAUGUCGUUUAAAAAUCCCCAACCCCCUAACCUAUAGCCUAUGAUAACAAAACAAUCUAUGGUUAAAAAUCACCAUAGUCUAGGACAAGAGUUUUUGAAAAUACACCCUUUUUACACCACUCACAAUAGACAUUGAUGACCAUGGAGGUUCGCCCUCUACUGGCUAGAGGUCAAUUCUUCUUUACACAUUGCCUUGUGUGUCCAUCUGCUUUCAGCCUUCUAUCUAUAUGCGACUCUUAGAAGAGCCUGCAGCCGUGGCACAACCCACUCCCCUGCACAUUCCAACAUGGUCCUGGAGUCCUUCACAGGAUGAUCAAACAGGCCUCUCCGUGAACAGAGUUUGUGGAUUCCACGCACCGAAACCCCAGACGAUGUAGAUUACCCAGAAGACCCCUCUCCUGACCCCACAGGGAUGAGACAGCGCCUAGAGAAGCUGAGCGACAAGAUGAACCAGGUGACCAUGAGCCCAUGGUCUAACUGUCUGGACACAGCAUGUCAGCUCCAUUCACAGCCAUACACUCACAGUAAAACGAUGCUUGUGUGGGUAAUGGAUUGAAGCCCAUUCAACAUGGUAAAUCCAAUUCUGCCUUAGCCACAAAAGACAAGCAGACUGCGCAACACGCCAACAAAAACACCAAUGUUCAAAAGAUACAAAAUUGCUAAAUGGUAUUUUAUACCCCACAUCAUCAACUUAACUGUGGAUUAUAAUUGCUGUUCAGUAUUUAUUGUUUUUACUUAUCCUUUUCCUGCAGUUUGAUUUUCACACUAGUUUUUUUUCCUUUACCCUUUUGCUGUUCUUCAGAAAAAAAGUACAAACCUUAACGACUAGGGAGUAUAACAGAAAGAGUAUAAAGGAGGGCUGUGCUCCUGUGUUCUAUGUUCCCUGGGUCCCAGACUCCUCAAGUGAAAGAGUAUAAAGGAGAGGGCUGUGCUCCUGUGUUCUAUGUUCCCUGGGUCCCAGACUCCUCAAGUGAAAGAGUAUAAAGGAGAGGGCUGUGCUCCAUGUUCCCUGGGUCCCAGACUCCUCAAGUGAAAGAGUAUAAAGGAGAGGGCUGUGCUCCAUGUUCCCUGGGUCCCAGACUCCUCAAGUGAAAGAGUAUAAAGGAGAGGGCUGUGCUCCAUGUUCCCUGGGUCCCAGACUCCUCAAGUGAAAGAGUAUAAAGGAGAGGGCUGUGCUCCAUGUUCCCUGGGUCCCAGACUCCUCAAGUGAAAGAGUAUAAAGGAGAGGGCUGUGCUCCAUGUUCCCUGGGUCCCAGACUCCUCAAGUGAAAGAGUAUAAAGGAGAGGGCUGUGCUCCUGUGUUCUAUGUUCCCUGGGUCCCAGACUCCUCAAGUGAAAGAGUAUAAAGGAGAGGGCUGUGCUCCUGUGUUCUAUGUUCCCUGGGUCCCAGACUCCUCAAGUGAAAGAGUAUAAAGGAGAGGGCUGUGCUCCAUGUUCCCUGGGUCCCAGACUCCUCAAGUGAAAGAGUAUAAAGGAGAGGGCUGUGCUCCUGUGUUCUAUGUUCCCUGGGUCCCAGACUCCUCAAGUGAAAGAGUAUAAAGGAGAGGGCUGUGCUCCAUGUUCCCUGGGUCCCAGACUCCUCAAGUGAAAGAGUAUAAAGGAGAGGGCUGUGCUCCUGCCUUCUAUGUUCCCUGGGUCCUAGACUCCUCAAGUGAAAGAGUAUAAAGGAGAGGGCUGUGCUCCUGCCUUCUAUGUUCCCUGGGUCCCAGACUCCUCAAGUGAAAGAGUAUAAGGUGAAAGUGUUGUGCCGCCCCUCGCGUGCCUGCUUGUCUAACCUCGUCUAAGGAAAUGAGGCACAGUAAUGUUUGUGUCCUUGGACACGAGUUCUGUUUGACUGCCUCACUCUGUUUGGAAUAAUAAAAUGUCACCAGUCAAACCUACUCACAUUUACUGAGAGUAGCAACAGCUUGAUAAUCCCUUUUAAAUCCAUUUAGUGGCAGAGAUUGUUUUCUUGCACAAUGUUUUGUUUCCAUGGUGUUGCAGUUCUGAGAAUUUCAGGUCAGGUGACCUCCCUCUGCAUGAUGAUCGUGGUCUGUGAAGAUACUAAUGAGUGAAUGUUCAUAUCUUCACUAGAAAAGAAAAAGGUUGAGCUGUUGACAUUUUCUCUGACUUCUAUUAAAGUAUCAAUGUGGGAUGUGAAGGGUUAGAUGUCUUGGAGAUUUCUUUUUCUACCAACUGAUCUAUCUACCUCUGCUCAGGAGCCCUCUGUCUCUAAAAGCACUUCAAUCCACCCUGUCCCUGAACCCUCUGCUCAGGAGCCCUCUGUCUCUAAAAGCACUUCAAUCCACCCUGUCCCUGAACCCUCUGCUCAGGAGCCCUCUGUCUCUAAAAGCACUUCAAUCCACCCUGUCCCUGAACCCUCUGCUCAGGAGCCCUCUGUCUCUAAAAGCACUUCAAUCCACCCUGUCCCUGAACCCUCUGCUCAGGAGCCCUCUGUCUCUAAAAGCACUUCAAUCCACCCUGUCCCUGAACCCUCUGCUCAGGAGCCCUCUGUCUCUAAAAGCACUUCAAUCCACCCUGUCCCUGAACCCUCUGCUCAGGAGCCCUCUGUCUCUAAAAGCACUUCAAUCCACCCUGUCCCUGAACCCUCUGCUCUUUCCUACUUCUCUUCUCCCAGCAUCUCCUGUGCACUAUGACAAGGUAACGAUGGCUACCGCUAGCAGCUCCUUGUUGUGCCCAUGCAAAACUUAAAAUAUCAGCUCACUAGGACCGUGUUUGUUGGUUUUAGUGCAAUGGAAGUGCUGCAUCAGGUAGACUCAUUAAAAAGCCAAUCAAUCUGAGUUAUUUUUAAAAUUUAAGUAAGCAAGUCCGUUAAGAACAAUUCUUAUUUACAAUGACGGCCUACCGGGGAACAGUGGGUUAACUGCCUUGUUCAGGGGCAGAACAACAGAUUUUUCGGCUACUGGCCCAAGGCUCUAACCACUAGGCUACCUGCCACCCCAGAUUGAAGCUUAUGAAGCUGACCUGUUUAAAAAUCCACCGAACCGGUAUCAGUAAACUCUCUGCAGUUGAAAUGUAAGAAUAGAAGAGACUGUCAGCUCACACUGACCAUGUUUUAUUUUGCUUUUAGUGCAAUGGGAAUGCUGAGACUAGAAUAAUUUGACCUGAGGGUUGUCAAGCUGAACCCUUAGCCUGCCCAACGGGUAUCAGUAAAAAUGUGAAAUGUAAGAAUAGACAAAAGAUUCUUUGAGUGUGAAGUCUAUUAAAUCAACUCACUCUUUUCUGUGUUCUUAUUGGUUUUAGUGCAAUGAGAGUGCUGCACCAAGUAGAAUGAUUCAAAAAACAAUUGUUCGAUCUGAACGCUGUCCAGCUGAGCCCUCUCAGCCUGCCAAACAGGUAGCAGUAACAAUUUCACUGUCUGCAUGAUUUCUGCUUCUCUGUUGUCUGAUUGGAAUGUCUGAGUAGAAAUGCAUUUCUCUAUUUUCCUUGAUCUAUCCUUUCUUUCCCAUCUCUCUUCCUCCUUUUGUCUGUGUCUAUGCUGCUCCCUCCCUCGACCUCUGACUGGGCUCUGUUAGCGGACAGUUGGGAAGGUAUCGUCUCGCAUAGGUGCUAGGGCUGAAACCUCUAGCCAUCCUCUAUGAAACUGACCACAGGCCUAAUGCCUCGCCGGUAAGCACAGUGUGACUAACGGUUGUGUUUGUGCCAACACAGCCCAGUGGGAAAAAACAUCACAAGACACACACAAACAAAAGGCUCUAUAUCUAUUACCAGCCCAAUCUUGUGGUGAAUUCUCCAGUCAUGAGCCAUGGUGUUUUGUGUAAAGGCCUCCAGGGGCCACUGCGAUGGGAACUCCAUGCACUCAUGUGGGUGUCUGUUCACACAGGGUUUUGCCCCACUUCAGGUCUUCAAGUCUAGAGCGGUAAACAGCAUUUUGCCACAUUAUGCAGGAAAAGCUAAAUGCAAGCAAGUGCAGAGCCUUGCCAAGCUACCGUAGUUGACUAGUUUUCUGCUAUGGUCCAGAGAAUUGUUGAUUUCAUCAUCAUGAUCAUCUCUCACUGCUGGGAAAAUUCCCUACUAAAAUUACACCUCAGGAAUUAAGUUCGCAUUUCAUGAAAUAUUAUUCAGUUUUUGCCUUAAAAAUACCAGGGACCAUUGAAAGGUAUGACUUAUUCCUCAUGGCCUUAUUACUAAUUUGGUUAGGUUAUAUUGUACUUGGUGUUACUCUUCAGUCUGGAUGGUUCUCUGAGGGCUCCUGAGUGGCACAGCGGUCUAAGGCACUGCAUCUCAGUGCUAGAGGUGUCACUACAGACCCUGGUUAGAUUCCAUGC